AUGUCUAAAGUAAAUCCUGUUAUUCUUUCAGAUAUUGUGACUAUAUCUGAUGAUGAAACUAUAUCUGAAAAUGAAUAUUCUGAAUUAAUGGAUGAACAGGAUGCUAAUGAAGAUGCAGAACAGAUAGCAUUCUUCACAAAAUACCUUUCAGUUUCAGAGGUUAUACAUUCAGCCUUUCCUAUUGAAUAUCCUAAAACUUCACCACAAGGAAUAGCCACAGUAUUUAAUGUUACUGGCUGGGCAAACCCAAUGGCUUGUUUCAAUGAUAUCCAAUAUUCUAAUAAUGGAGCGGGAGGAUCAAUUUCAAUCCAAAAUUGUCCUUAUUUUGGAGUACCAGUAAAGAAAGAUGUGCGAAAAUGUCAAGGUAUCAAACAUUGUUCCUUUGCAGAUCCAGAUUUUAUUAAUGAGCAGCAUAACGAAGUUGAUAUGGAAUCAGAAAUGUUUAUCAAAUUAAACCAACAUCAGCACAAUAAAAAGACUAAAACCUACACAUUUUUUCUUGCUGCAAAAUCAACAGCUUGUAAAUAUAAAUCUAACAAUCAACUUUGCGAUGGCCAAGCAAAAUUAAGAAGAAUUAUUAAAAAUGGAGGUGAAGAGUAUAUUAUUGGAUGUGACAAAUGGGUUAGAGGGGAAAAAUGGCAUCGCUAUAUUAAAGUUCCAGGGGAGAUUGACUUGGAAUUAUUACGAGAUAUUUUUCAAGGACGAGUUAUUGACGAGAAUAAUAAUGAAAAUCAAUGCUGCACCAUAGUUUCACGUGCUUCAAGAAUAAGUUUAUGUGAAUUUCCACAUAUUCAAGAUGGUCAAGUUAUGCGAGGAACUAUAAUUGAGCGAAAAUGCAAUGUGCAGUUCAUUAAAUUUAUUCCAUAUGAUUUGGCUGCAUGUCCCUAUAUUGCAUUAGUAUGUAUAGGUACGCACAAUCAUCCACCACCACCACCAGAACGCACACCAGUGGGUAUUAAGGAUGAGCUGCAAGCAAUGAUCCAAAACAUUAUUGCUUCGGAUGAUAGUGUAACUUCACGCUCAAUAAUAGCAGGUGAUUUUCUUUAA